AUGGCGACCGAAAAGAUUGCGCUCUACAACCUCGCCGACUUGAAAAACACCUCGGACGAUGCGAUCCCGAACUACCUCAACUCCCUAAAGUUCAAGCAGUCGUACGUCCUCCAGGACGUGCGCCUCGGGCUCGGCUACGGCGCAUUCUCCGUCGCCGCGCUCUGCUUCCUUUGGGACUACAGGCUCGGCUGGGACGCUACUAAGUACUGGACCGCCGCCGCCGUCGCCGUCUACAUGGUCCUCAACGCGGCGCUCACGUACUGGAUGACCUACAAGGAGAAGAACGUUAUUUACCAAGGCACAGCGCCGUCCGGCGACGAGAUCACAAUCUCGACAACAACGAAAAAGAACGUCCCCAUCUACAACCUAGACAUCACCGUGCGGCCGAAGCGCGCCGCCGACGGCAAGCCCCAAAAGUACACCCUCGCCAGGGAGUUUGCCGGCUGGUUCGACGAGGUCGGCUUCUUUGUGGCCGCGCCGUUCCAGGAGAUGCUCGCGUCCGCCGUGCCGCUGAUCGGCAAGCAGGAUCCCAAGCGCGUCAAGGCCUCGGCCGCGACGGUCGACGCCAGCCCGGACCUGCUCGACGCCGUGCUCGCGGCGUCGGCUACCGAGGGCAAGGGCGAGGCGCGGCAGCGCAAGGCGUAG